AUGGCGACGCCUCCAAAUCCGGAGGAGUCGAAUGACGAGGUCGAAAUGCAGCCAGAGGGAGGUUCAGAGGCCGCUGAGAAAGACAAGGAGCAUGCAAAGGAGAAGGAGGAUGGAGGAGGAGAAGAACAGCGCCGGGCUGACCAAGCGGAGCGUGUGGAGGAGCACGAAGAAGCAGAGGAGGAGGAGGAAAAACAGGAAGCAGAGGAGGACGACGAGGCCGCACUUCGUGAAGUUGAGCCACGAGGUGAGAAGUCACAGGCCGAGUCAGUGGCAGAGAGUGCAGAGGACCAAGCCGGCGAUGUCUCUCAGGAAGUGAAGGACUUGGAAGAGAAGCAGGAGGCAGAGGAGGAAGAGGCGGAAGAGGAGGAACAGGCGCCAGAGGUGGAACCGGCGGAAGUGGAGGAAGCUGAAGAACCGGAGGACAUGCCAGAUGAAGACAUAGAUGCUCCUGCUGAAAAUGGGCAGGGCUCGCAACGUGGAGAGGAGGCAGAGGAGGCAGAGGAGGCAGAGGAGGCAGAGGAGGCAGAGGAGGCAGAGGAGGCAGAGGAGGAAGAGGAGGAAGAGGAGGAAGAGGAGGCGGAGGAGGCGGAGGAGGGCGAGGAAGUGGAAGACAAUCGAGGCGAUGAGGAAGCAGAUGAUUGGCCAGCGCUGCCUUCUUCCAGGCCGGCAGCCCCACGACGCUGGACCGGCCGCGCCGCUGCGCCGCAGGAGCCAGUUUUGGAUGAGGAUGCCGAGGAGGAAGCAGAAGAAGAGGAGGAGGAAGAGUGGUACGACGAGGAGAUGGAGGAGGAGCUCGAAGACUUGAGGGCUCAGAUGAGGCCAGUUGCGUUAUGA